AUGGACUAUAUUGAAUCCAAGACGGCUUAUUUCAAUCAGCUCUCGAGCAUUUCUUUCAUCAGUGAUGGGAUGCGCGAUGACGACGCUUUUGAUGCGCGCGAGGAGAGACAGAGAGAGCUUCACAGGGGCUUCUUUCGGCCUGCGCCCAGCUUACAUGCCCCUGAUGAACGAGACCAAACACAAGGACAUGGACAAAGAACACAGCAGGACCAACAACCUGGAAAGAAACAAGACCAACCUCGAAAGAAACAAGACCAACCUCUGCCUGUGAAAUCAAGGCGGCUGCAGCAUCUUACGCCCCGGAAGAUAAUCACCGCGCCUCGGCCCGAGUCUGGAAAAGUCAUCAAGGGGACUGGACCGGGGAAGCCGAGGCCAAAGGGCCGGCUUGCUGCGCUGCUGGAUAAUGUGACGGAUGUUGUUCAGGAGACGCCUUCUGUGGUCUCAGAAAAGAGAGGCAAAGAGGUGAUUGUGAUUGAAGAUGGUCCCGUACUGCCUCGGACGUCGGCGUCGUUGAAAAGAUCGUUGGAAAGUGCCUCUGAGGAGUCAUCAUCGCCGUCUGUUAAUGUCAAGGCUGGGAUGGCGACAAAGGCGGCACGUGGUAACAAGAGAGGGCGUGUUUCGGGACCGAAUGUGCGUCCCGAGGCGGAACAGAUAUUCAAGGGCUUGUCGUUCUUUUACAUCCCGGACAAUGACAUUGCCCCGGCGAGGCGGUUGCGGAUCAACAGAGCGAAGGAGUUUGGAGCUACAUGGACGAGAGACGUGAUGACGGCUACCCAUGUCGUGGUGGAGAAGAAGCUUGAGUACAAGGAUGUGGAGAAGAUGUGGCCGAAGGAUGGAUUUGGGGGUCGAGCGCCGCCAAAGAUGGUUACGGAGGACUACCCUCUUGAUUGCAUACAGUUUCGUGCCAUUGUGGAUGCUAGCCAACGCAAGUAUCUUGUAAAUGGCCAGCCAGAGGUGGAUGAAGAGGAAAAGGAGCCCGAGGUUCCCCUUCCCACUGCUGAUUCUGGAGAUCAGGCGAAAUCGAAGUCAAAAUCGACAAUUAGCUCCCUGCCGCUGAAACCGCAGCAUCAAAAUAAAGCCAAGUGGGACUAUGUUCCGCCGAAAGGGACGCCUUCGCAGAGCGAGGAAUCGUCACUAGGCAGUCGUGUGACAAGGAGCAGGACUGGAGCGAUGGUCGUAGAUUCUCAAGCUGUUGUGCUUGAUUUGGAAGAUGCCGGCGAGCCCAAGAAGGACACAUCGAACGGUGAUACGGGGAUGGAGAAUCAUAGUUUGACGAAGAAGCGUGGCAAAGGCAAUACCCCAUUAUUGCAAGACGAGUUGUCAAACUACAUCUCCAUGAUGCAAGAAUUCAAGGAUUUACCACUAGAUAUUGACGAAGAGGAAGAUGUUCAGUCUACGAGUAACGAAGCGGAAGCUCCAUUGGAUCGCGAUCAUCGUUCUGAAUCGGAGACCGAAUCACAACGGACGAGGAGAUCAUCCAGGAGGACUCGACCAACCAACAAAGCAAUAGCAUUCGAAGACCGAUUCGCUUGCAAUAGAGCUGGGAGGAAAGAUGCCAACCAAGAUAAUCCAAACGCACGCACCAUUGAGAUAUUACAAAAGAUGAAUAGCUACUAUGAAAGGGUCAACGACCAUUGGCGGACAAUGGCCUACCGAAAGGCCAUCAGCAUCUUGAAACAGCAGAGCGUCAGGAUUACCACCGAAGAAGAAGCAUAUCGCCUCCCAACCAUCGGUCGCCGACUGGCGCAAAAGAUUGAGGAGAUUGUUACGACAGAUAAGCUACAGAGGCUUGAAUGUGCAGAAGAAGAUCCCACAGAUCACGCCUUGCAAACAUUUUUAAAGAUUUACGGCGUGGGGAACAAGAUAGCAGAGCAGUGGAUUGCGCAGGGCUGGAGAACACUCGAGGAUGUACAACAGAAUGUGAAGUUGACGCCCAGUCAGCUGAUUGGCAUGGAGCAUUACCAUGACUUGAACACCAGGAUACCGCGCAAGGAGGUGACUGCACUGGGCGAGGUUGUCAAGAAGGCGGCAGCUCGAAUCGAUGCGGCAGCACAGCUCAUUAUUGGGGGCAGCUACCGCCGAGGCGCAGAGAGCUCUCAUGACAUCGACUUUAUUGUGACGAAGCCAGGGGCUGAAUCUGUGGCAGAUCUCAAGCCCUUUCUGAACAGCCUGGUGGACCAGCUAGAGAGAGACAAGUUCCUCGUAGCUCGUCUCGCAUCAUCUCGAGCAGGCGGCGACGGCAGCAAAUGGCACGGCUGCUGCGUGCUACCCGAGAUCAAGGGCCUCAACGACACGGACGGCGGAUACCGGCCGAUCUGGCGAAGAAUCGAUUUCCUGCUGGUCCCCGAGGCAGAGCUGGGCGCGGCGCUGAUUUACUUUACCGGCAACGACAUCUUCAACCGCAGCAUGCGGCUCCUGGCGUCUAAGAAGGGCAUGCGGCUGAACCAGCGGGGGCUGUACAGAGAUGUGCUGAGGGGGCCGAACCGGGCCAAGAUUACGGCGGGGGAGCUGGUGGAGAGUAAGGAUGAGAGGAGGAUAUUUGAGAUUUUGGGGGUGAAGUGGCGGGAGCCGUGGGAGAGGUGGUGUUGA